AUGACAACCGUGCGAAAAGUUUGUAUUUUGAUGGCCGAUUACGGUCAUGAGCCCACGGAAGCCGCAGUUCCCUAUACAGCUUUCAAAAAGGCGGGCUUCGGUGUGUCCUUUGCUACAGAGAAAGGUGCAGCCCCGGCAUGUGACAAGCUGCUCCUCGAAGGCCUGACGCAGAAGCUUCUUGGCGCCAGCAAACCCGUCAUCUCUCAAUACAACGCCAUGGUCGCCUCCCCAGAACACCAGACACCGCUCUCAUGGAUAAGCCCUGACUUUGACCUGACCGCCUUCGAUCUGGUCUAUCUCCCCGGUGGCCACGACAAGGCGGUGCAGCAGAUCAUCGACUCACCCACCGUGCAUAAGCACUUGGCGCAAUACUUUCCCCUGACGCGCAAACAUGCUUCCACACCUGCCUCACCCUCCCCUGCUGCUCAGCCCAAGCAGAAAGCCAUCGCAGCAAUAUGUCACGGCCCGCUCGUCCUCACCAACACCAUCAACCCAGAUACGGGCAAGUCUGUCCUGUACGAGUGCAAGACGACUGCGCUCCCCGCCGGCUUCGAGAAGGUCGCGUACUGGGGCACGAGACUGUGGCUGGGGGAUUACUACAAGACGUAUGGAAGCGGGAGUGAGGACGUGGAGGUUUCUGUCAAGAAGGCUCUGAGGGAGAAGAGCUUGUUUCAAGGGAGUCUUUUGCCUUCACCCUUUGUCGUUGAGGACGACACCUACAACUAUAUCAGUGCUCGAUUCCCAGGGGAUAUCGACUUGUUCUCGAAAAAAGUCGUGCAACUUGUACAGAGCUUGCAAUAA